AGCUCCGCCAUUGAGGGAGUUACGAUUCCGAGGGAAGGGUCAGGGAGAGAGAGAGAGGAGAACCUCCAUCGGUACGGCACGGUCUCGUGUUCCCCCGUGGGCUUCUAAAGGGGUUAACAACCGUAGCAGGCGUCGGUAACAGUCUACGGAUACUCUCGCCGCUUUUCUGUGCUCGAUUGUCGUAUGUGUUUCGUCGCCUUCGAGGGACAAAAUUGGAAGAAGUAACGGGGGGCAAAGCUAGGCGAGCUAACGCUAGCUUGGCUAGCUGUUCACGGGAGGGUGGUGAGGAGGGGAGGGGAGGGGUGGGGGGGUUCUUGCCUACUCUCGUUUGAUGGAUCCGCGAAUCGCCUGGUUCCAACCAGAACAACGCGGACCUGCCAACAACCUGUGGAUGCAGAUCUGGGAGACGACGCAAGGGCUCGGCUACCUGCACGUCAACAACAGUUUCGGCAUCCUGAAAGCGAGCCUCAGCACGCCGUCGGGAGCCGUCCUUCUCACCGCUGGAACCGGGACAUCCGAGUCGACCAUGACUAGUCCCACAGGGGACGGCGAGCUCGUAGAUCAGCGGGACUUUUUGCCGCUGGAGUCCGGCAACCGCAACCAUCGGGCGGCCACGCCGAGCAACAGGGGCCCGGCGGACGGGCACCCGAAUAAGAGGAAACGGGACAACAAGGCGAGCACUUUCGGAUUCAACUCCAGCCUUUUGAACGGUGGAUCCGGCACGGAGGGCCGCGACGUGUACGCGGGCACCCCGUGGAAAAGCAGGAACUACUCGGAAGGGAUCGUGGGGUUACACGAAGAGAUCCGAGACUUCUACGCGUACAUUUCUCCACGGCCGGAGGAGGAGAAGAUGAGGCUGGAGGUGGUCGACAGAAUUAAAGGCGUCAUUCACAACCUUUGGCCAAGCGCUGAGGUGCAAGUUUUUGGAAGCUUCAGCACGGGCCUCUAUUUGCCAACAAGUGACAUCGACUUGGUGGUAUUCGGGAAGUGGGAAACGCUCCCCCUGUGGACACUGGAAGAAGCUCUUCGCAAGAGGAACGUGGCCGACAAGAACUCCAUCAAAGUUCUGGACAAAGCCACGGUGCCCAUCAUCAAACUGACCGACUCCUUCACGGAGGUCAAGGUGGACAUCAGCUUCAACGUGGAGAGCGGCGUCAAAGCGGCAUGCCUCAUCAAGGAAUUCAAAGAGAAAUACCCCGUGCUGCCUUACCUGGUCUUGGUGCUCAAGCAGUUCCUCCUACAGAGGGACCUCAACGAGGUUUUCACCGGCGGGAUCGGGUCCUACAGCCUCUUCCUCAUGGCCGUCAGCUUCCUGCAGCUUCACUACAGGGAAGACGUUUGCAGCCCCAACAUCAACUUUGGCGUGCUGCUCAUCGAGUUCUUUGAGCUCUACGGGCGCCAUUUCAACUACCUAAAAACGGGCAUCCGGAUAAAGGACGGCGGCUGCUACGUGGCCAAAGAUGAAGUUCAGAAGAACAUGAUGGACGGUUACAGGCCCUCCAUGCUCUACAUCGAGGACCCGCUGCAGCCAGACAACGACGUUGGCCGCAGCUCCUACGGCGCCAUGCAGGUGAAGCAAGCGUUUGACUACGCCUACGUGGUGCUCAGCCACGCCGUGUCGCCCAUCGCCAAGCACUACCCCAACAAUGACACCGAGAGCAUACUCGGCCGAAUCAUCCGCGUGACUCAGGAGGUGGACGAGUACAGGGAGUGGAUUCGGAACAACUGGGGAAGCCCAUCCCAGAAGGACCUGCCGCUCAACCGAAAUGACGUGACGCUGUUCGAGUCGCAACAGCUGGAUCAGUGCAACAACAACGUUCCGGAAGAGGAGGACGACGAGGAUGACGACGACGUCGUCGUGAUCCUGCCGACGAGGAGCAAAACCUCGUCGUCCAACUCGUCGUCGUCGCCGUCUCCUUCCCUGCACUCGUCGCCGUCCUCAUCCCCGCUUUCGCCCUCGACCACAUCCUCCAGUUCCAGCGACGGGGAUUCGGACGGUACGCCGUGCAAGACAGCCAAGCAACAAUCGGGUCGUGCUACCAGUGCCCACAGAGAAAAGUCGGCCGUGGUGACCAAUCACCGGAUGCAGAACCGCACGACCAGCACUCCACCCGCAAGCAACAAGGGAGGAAAGGCCCGCUCUCAGCACAAGGGCGGCCAGCAGAGCUCCUCCCGCUCCUCCGGAAACAGCAAAAAUCACCCAAGCAACCGGCCGCACCACCACGGCAACGGCAAGAAGAGGAAAAAUGUGCGGGACUCUGCGCCAGAGGAGCUUUGCAGAUAAGGAAGUAGCCUUGGUCCCUCCACCCUAAAUGACUCUUUAAAGGAGAAAAAAAAAGGAGAACAACGACCAGUUUUCCCUGCAAGCCAGCAGCCUUUUGUUCUAUUCGCCUCUAGCGCCACCUGAUGUACAGGAGAAGAAUAUUCUCUUGGAGCAAUAUGCCACAGACUUCCGCUGUUGGGGGGGGGGAAAUGUUUCUAUAAAAAAGGAAAAAAUAAUAGUGGAAAUGGCUUCAAAUGUACAAAAAAAAAGAUUUUUUUUAAAAUGACCGCGUUGAGGUGUAACUUAUGCAUGAUUUUUUUCGAUGAUUUUUGUUAUGUCGGAACAGGUCUUAGGAAAAUUUCUAGGAAAAAAAAAAACACUAAAAAGAAAAAAACAAUUCUUUCAUAGGAUGAUCUUUUUACAAAAAAAAACACCCACUGCUUAUUUUUUCUUUCACGGGUGUCUCGUUGCCAUGCCAACAUGACCAAUCAUCAUCAUCAUCAUCAGCAUCCUUCUUUUUACUGUCGGUGUUAAUGUUGACCUUUACGGUAAUCGCACGUGUCCAUAUUUGUCAGGGUUUCUCCAACCUUUUCCACACAAACCUACUGAAAAUUCAACACAUGCUGUACAUAUACUAAAAAUACUAAGCAACAAAUAAAAAUGGACGAUCAAUUAAAAGACGUUCCUCCAGCCCCGACACCGUUUGGGAAACCCUGGCUUGUCAGGUGGAGUCUAAGAAAACCCGCGAUUUUGAGAUAUAUAAACAUUAAAAACGUGUUAGCGAUACAAUUGUGGCGACAAACUUGUGUAUUUGUUAAAUAUAUUUAUUUUUUUAUGAAUUAUAUGAAGAUAGUAUAUGGAUAAAUAUAGAUCAUAUGAACCCUUCGAGGAGACUGUAUGUUUAGAUGCUGCGAUGUGGGAGCUUUAAUCAGGUACAACGACAACAAAUAUUCUUUCUUCCUAAUUAUGAUCAUUGGCAGUUGUGACCAAGGGUGAGAGACCAUUUUACGAGUCAUGAUUUUUAUGUGUGAUUUUAAUUUUUGGGUCUACUUGGGGGUGUUACCAUUUUUUUGGUGAUUCGUAACAAACUUUUCUUAAAGAUAAUAACAUAAAAAGAGCACAUGAGAAUUUAUUACUACAACAAAGACAACUGUUCUCAAAAAUUCAAGUAUUGUACUUAUAGACCCCUCAAAAUUGGGAAAACCUGGUUAGACCACAUCUUUUGUCAUUGCAGUACAUAGUCUAACCUGUAGGUGGUGCUAGUACCCCGCUGUGAAAACCCUUGCCUUGUACUGCAUUUAAAUGAUCAAAUUCACAUCUUAUCGAAACUGAAAAAUAGAUUGUUGUUUUUAAUACCCUGAUCACAGCCAGCAAAUACAGACCAUCUGUUAUUUCCAUUUUUUUUCCCAAGUCUUGGCAGCCAUUUUCAAUGCAAUACUAUGUUUAAAUGCAGUACCGAAACACUUGUGUUACGGAAAAUAAGGACAUGGACAUGUGAUUAUAUUGAUAGUUUGGAGGGGGUUGAUCAUGGAAAGUUAAAGGGUUGUAAAGAGUGAAAGUCUCGAAACAAACAGAAACCCUCUUGGACGUUGAAGAAAGUUCCCAUCUGUACUGACUGUAUCGUCUUUGCUGCUUUUCACCAGUUUCAUGCAAUAAAAUCAAACAACAACAAAAA